GUAUGCUGUUUAAUCAAAUCUGGAAAAAUGGAAUAACAAGUUUAUCUGUAUGUUCAUAUGUGUGCAGUACUCAAAAUCCGCUAUUACGCAUAUUAUGAAAACAUUGAAGUUACUCAUUAGUCGCAAAUAAGAAAUUGUCUCAAAGCACUUUCGGUUUCGUAUGCAUUGUAAGGAUAUUUCCUUGAUGCUUGAGGGCCAAGUCGAGCAAUAUUUUCGAUUUCAACUUUAGAAGUAGGAUUUUAUACUUGAUUAAAUCAUUAUGGCACUUUUCGAUGUAAGUGGUUAUAAAUCCCACUUGGAACUUCGUGGAAAGACACUUGGAACAGGCUUACGGCAUUUUAAUUUUGGAACAACCAAUCAAGAAUUUGCUGUCCCCGCUGGAAUGGAUCCCUCAGGGUUCCUUAAGUCGUGCAGCCAUGAGGGUCAAGGUGGUGUGUCCAUAGAUCUGAACCAUGGUACCACUACACUGGCCUUCAAAUUCCGCCAUGGUGUCAUUGUGGCUGUGGAUUCCAGAGCCUCAGCUGGAAGCUACAUUGCGUCGAAGGAGGCUAACAAGGUGAUAGAGAUCAAUCCUUACCUGCUGGGGACCAUGUCUGGUAGUGCUGCUGACUGCCAGUACUGGGAGAGACUGCUGGCUAAGGAGUGCAGGCUUUACAAACUGAGGAACAAGAAGAGGAUCUCUGUGUCUGCUGCCUCUAAGCUGCUGUCCAACAUGAUGCUGGGCUACAGGGGCAUGGGGCUGUCAAUGGGCAGCAUGAUCAUUGGAUGGGACAACAAGGGCCCUGGUUUGUAUUACGUGGAUGACAACGGCACGCGUCUCUCUGGUCAAAUGUUCUCUACCGGCUGUGGUAACAGCUAUGCAUACGGAGUGAUUGACAGCGGUUACCGUGAGGACAUGACGGUAGAGGAGGCGUACGAGCUGGGCCGCCGCGGCAUCACCCACGCCACGCACAGAGACGCCUAUUCUGGAGGAGUGGUCAACCUGUAUCACAUGCAGGAGGACGGCUGGAUAAAGGUGUGUAAGGAGGACGUGUCAGAGCUGAUCCACCGAUACAGGAAGGGCAUGUUCUGAUCCCAGAUCAGCCUCCACACACAGACAGAAUGUAUCUCCACUGAUCCCAACACGGCUCUUAAUAAAGAUCAUUUUCAACCU